CGCCGAGCCGAUCCCAGCCGAGCCGAGCCGAGCCCCGCCGGGCCGGCCCUGUGCAUUGUGGUCCUUCGGCGGGGGGCGAAGAUGGCCGAGAAGCAGAAACACGACGGGCGGGUGAAGAUCGGGCACUACGUCCUGGGAGACACCUUGGGGGUCGGCACCUUCGGCAAAGUCAAGAUUGGUGAACAUCAGCUGACAGGUCACAAAGUAGCAGUGAAAAUCCUCAACAGACAGAAAAUCCGCAGCCUGGAUGUGGUUGGGAAGAUCAAAAGAGAAAUUCAAAACCUCAAACUCUUCCGGCACCCUCAUAUUAUCAAACUGUACCAGGUCAUCAGCACACCAACUGACUUCUUCAUGGUCAUGGAAUACGUCUCUGGAGGGGAGUUAUUUGAUUACAUCUGUAAGCACGGACGUGUUGAAGAGGCAGAAGCUCGACGCCUUUUCCAGCAGAUUCUCUCAGCAGUGGAUUACUGCCACAGACACAUGGUCGUCCACCGAGACCUGAAACCAGAGAACGUGCUGCUGGAUGCACACAUGAAUGCCAAGAUAGCUGAUUUUGGCUUGUCCAACAUGAUGUCAGAUGGAGAAUUUCUACGCACCAGCUGUGGCUCUCCAAAUUAUGCAGCCCCUGAAGUCAUCUCUGGAAGGCUCUAUGCUGGCCCUGAGGUGGACAUUUGGAGCUGUGGUGUUAUCCUCUAUGCCCUUCUGUGUGGCACUCUGCCUUUUGAUGAUGAGCAUGUCCCCACCCUCUUCAAGAAGAUCCGGGGGGGUGUGUUUUACAUCCCUGAAUACCUCAACCGCUCCGUCGCCACUCUCCUCAUGCACAUGCUGCAGGUUGACCCCCUCAAGAGAGCCACCAUCAAGGACAUCAGGGAACACGAGUGGUUCAAGGAGGAGCUGCCCAGCUACCUCUUCCCAGAGGACCCUUCCUACGACGCCACCGUCAUCGACGACGACGCGGUGCGGGAGGUUUGCGACAAGUUUGAGUGCACCGAGUCGGAGGUGAUGAACAGCCUGUACAGUGGUGACCCUCAGGACCAGCUGGCAGUGGCUUACCACCUCGUCAUCGACAACAGGAGGAUCAUGAACCAAGCCAGUGAGUUCUACCUCGCCUCCAGCCCCCCCACGGGCUCCUUCAUGGAUGACAGCUCCCUGCACAUCCCUCCCGGCGUGAAGCCGCACCCCGAGCGGAUGCCGCCGCUGAUAGCAGACAGCCCCAAAGCACGGUGUCCUCUGGAUGCCCUCAACACCACAAAACCCAAACCCUUGACUGUCAAAAAGGCCAAGUGGCACCUAGGAAUCCGCAGCCAGAGCAAACCCUAUGACAUUAUGGCCGAGGUGUACCGGGCUAUGAAACAGCUGGACUUCGAGUGGAAGGUGGUGAACUCCUACCACCUCAGGGUGCGCCGCAAGAACCCGGUGACAGGAAAUUAUGUGAAGAUGAGCCUGCAGCUCUACCAGGUUGACAACCGCAGCUAUCUCUUGGACUUCAAAAGUAUUGAUGAUGAAGUGAUGGAGCAGAGGUCAGGCUCAUCCACCCCCCAGCGCUCCUGCUCCGCCGCCGGUUUGCACCGCCCCAGGUUGAGCAUCGAUGCUGCUGCCAUUGCUGAGUGCCAGUCCCUGAUGGGUUCCCUGAGUGGCUCCUUCGUGGGCAGCAUCCCCUCCACCCCACCACGCCUGGGCAGCCACACCAUGGACUUCUUUGAGAUGUGUGCCAGCCUGAUCAUGGCCCUGGCUCGCUGAUGGCUGGCCCCGAGGCACCGGUCCCACCGCACACGGCUCCUUUCUGGCUCCCAGCUGCAAAGAAGCUGCUGACCUCCCGUUACAUUUUCCAGAGGAAAAGUUGAACUUGGACACAGGUACACUGUGGUCAGUUCUGUCGAGUUAUGCUGGUACAUGCACAAACAUCAGGAAAAGCAGGGUAAACAUAUUUGAACUACAGAAACUUGAAUUACUCCAAGUGCAAUUCUUCAAAAGCCACUGGACAGUUGAGCUUUGCAAGCCACAAACUCACCCAAGCUUUGCUUCAGCCCAAGGAGGAGAGAGAGAGAGAUGAGAUGCAAAGGAUUGACUUCAGUUUGGCUCCAGCAUUAACCUCCACCUCUGGUAUGAGUUAAAUCAGAAGAAUUGUGUACUGUUCUAGCUGUAAAAUUAUAUAUAUAUAUUAUAUAUGUGUGUGUAUAUAUUUUAUAUAUAUAUCUGUAAAGUAAGUAGCAUCCCUGUCAUUGACCUCUCAGUUUUAUCUGCCCAGUGGGUUGUGUGUCCUGGACUUUUGCCAUCUCACACACACUCAUCCCGGAGUGUGAGAGGACCUGGAGAAAGGGGAUGAUAUUUUUACACCCUUUUCUAGGUAAAGCCCAUGAGUAGCUUAGCUGACCCUGACAGACCCAGCGUGGGCUCCUCUAGGGAGGAGCAGUGGGAUCAGGAGCCAGAAGCACCCUGUCCUCCUAACCUUGCCAGUCCAAGCCCUGGUGCUGAUGGGGUUUAGGGCAGUUUCAUUUUCAGGACACGGAGCUGUGCAGGUGAAGGCAGCAGGAUUUUCUUCUUUUCAUGGGUCAGAAAUGCAUCUUCAGUGUCCAACUUAGCAUUUCAGAAGGGGUGUGGAAGGUAUAGGUAUGGGCAGUGUUGUAAAAACCAAAAGAGUUGGUUAGUGUCUCUUGUGCAUAUAUUUUAUAGUGUGUGUGUGUGUGAUUUUUAAUGGCAUUUGUAUCAGAAUAGAUGAACUUUGAACAAAAUAACCAUUCUCUCCACACCUUUUCGUUCCACUGCUCUUUGCCACCAGUCCUCUUGUUGUGCACCCAUGUGGAAGGAAGAGAGACCCACACACAGGACAUGAAAUUGUGCCUUCACCAUACAUUAGGACUGCUGGGAGCCACAGCUUUAUUCCCCCAGGUGCACAAACCCCCCCAGGUGAUGCAGAACCCCACUGCUGAGACACGCGGGCCGUGCCUCCAAAUACUUGAAGUACCAUUUCUUGUGCAAUUAUUUGGUUUCACCCUUCUAUUAGCUGAGUGGAGAAGAGGAAGAAGAAUCACACACCCAUCCCCUUGGGAUGAGCUGAAAAUUCUCACUCCCCCUCCUGAAGUGUUUUACUGGAAAGUUUUAGGGUCUGUUUUUGUUUCGGGUGUAUGAUGUACCUACUAGAGUCACCUUUUGUAAGUUCUUACUUUGGUCUGGAUGCUUUCCUUUGGCUUUCUUAGUCAUUUCUUUAUAUAUUCCUUUUAAUCAUUCACUUUUAUAUACAUAUAUAUAUAUAUAAAGAGGUUUAUAUAUAUAUAUAUAUAUAUAAACAAACCAACAGCUUCCUGUAAUUCUGAAUUUCCAGUCUGCCUCUUGGCCGUGGAGUUAAUUCAUUCAGAGGUACCUCCCUCCCAUGCUGGAGAGAUGAGCUGGGUUUCAGAAUUCUUGUAUUUACACCUACUGACCAAACACAGGCUUUAGCUGAGAGCACACCUGGUGUUACUUGUGUUUGAUGCAGGGCUUUUUUGCUUGUUUUGAUCAGCAAAGUGAGGAAUGGGAGGGUAAAUCAGGUCUCUAGCUGAAAAGCAUGAGUACAUUGUUUCUUAGAGCUAAAAAAAGUCUGUUUUCAACAAAAGCCUUGAAAGCUGAAGCUGCCUUAAUUUAAACAUCAGAAUUGUUUUGUAAGACUCAGCUCUCUGUUGGCACUUUUUCCCCCCCCACCCCCCAAUUUUUAAAGUAGUUUAUUUAUCCUCUGCUCACAAAGCUGUGAAGUAGCUACUGUAGACACAGUAAUAUUUAUUCUUGUUGCUGAAAGCAUGUUCAUGUGUUCUGUAUCAUGUUAUAUUCACGUGUUUUGUACCUCAAUGCAUUUGUUUUGUUUUUUCUUUUAGAGCACAAAGCAAAACUGAAUCCCAGGAUAACUUUAGUGUCCCUGACCCAGGAGCUCUGGGCAGACAAACCUCAGCUUCAUGUGAGAGAUGAACCAGGCUAGUCCACUGUAAUUUUUUUUUCUUACUACAAAGACUAUUUAUGAAUUUUAAUUUUUUUUUUUUUGCUAAAAUAGUGAACUUUAAAAGCUCUGAGUAUAAGCAUCUCUUCAACCAUAUCAUUAACAUGAAGCUCAGAAACAAAUUACCAAGCUGUAGAAAUACUCCAUUCUCCUUGGCAUUUCAUAUUUUCUCAGCUGAUGGAGAAGGUUUUGGUUUCCAAUGACUUGAUUUCUACUUUCUGACUUGUAGCAGUUUGGGGAGGGCAUGGAGCCCAGGUUCAGUUUUGUCCUUUGUGCAAGUAACUGUGCUUUAGAUAAUCACAAUGAAGCCUUUUACCUUCCA